AUGACACGAAUCGGCCCACAACAGUCCACGGGCCGCUUCGACUCGAACUUGGUCAUCUUUGCGCCCUUCAACAAUCCGCCGGCGGACGGCAAGAACCCCCACCGCUUCCGCAUUCCGCUCAUUCGCAUCUUGCUUCCCGCGACGCUGACGCGGAACCCUCGAAAACUCGCCGCCAUCGGCAUGCCCCACGCUGAACUCAUCACAGUUAACGACGCGUUGGAGGACAAUUUGUUUGCUACGCCGGCGAAUUUGGACGAAAGCAUGAUUGAAGAGCUGCUGCACACGUUCGAGUCGCAGCUCACAAUUAUAUUUACUUCGUCGAUCAUUGCGACUAAUCGUCUGUGCCGUCUGCUGCAGCUCUUCUCGUCGGAGCUGCAGAGCGUGCGGGGGAACCUACGGGGUAACAUGCGUGACUUAGCGCAAGCCACGGGCAUUUCAAACAGCACCCUUUGUCGGGCCCUCAAGAAUGGAGUGAUAUCGCGCCGCUCGUCCACAAUUAAGCCGCCUCUGACCAAUGCAAACAAGCUUGAACGCCUUGCCUACUGUGGCGCGCAUCCGCCAAACAGCCCCGACUUGAAUGUUCUUGACCUUGGCUUCUUUGCGUCUAUCCAAACCCUACAGUACAAGAUGUUUAGCCGCACGGUGGAUGAUGUGAUUGCAUCAACAAUGAUGGCGUUCGACUCGCUCGAUGCAGAAAUCCUGGAGAACCUGUUCCUUACUCUGCAAGUCGUCAUGCGAUUGGUGCUCGUACAUGGUGAUGGCAACCAGUUGAAGCUUCCCCAUCUGAAGAAGGGUACCAUGAAGCGUGCUGGCGCCCUUGCGGUGAAAUUAUCCUGCCCUGUCUUUGCGGUCAACAGUCUCCUCCAAGCAGCGAGUCCUUGA